AUGGUGAAGGAGGACAGGACCGAUGUUGCGAAUGGUGCCUUGACGGACUCACACGACGCGGGCGUGUUGAGAGCGUCUCAUAGGCCCAGCUGGAAGAAGUCUCGAACGAGCGGCACGGCUGGGCCGGCUCGGCAGCACGCCAGCAGGAGUGGCUGUGGGGGCGGCCACAGCAGCGGCGGCACGCUUUUUGUGGAAAUCGAGCGCGCCGUGACUGUACUCGAAAAGCCUAAAAAUCACAUCACGGGCAGCGGGACGCGGAGAGGCGCACUGCAGCACUCUGCGAGUGUGAGAGUGGCGGCGGAAAAGCGCGUCAGACAGAGCGACCGCUUCCGUCGCCCGUUUCCAGGGUCCAUUUCCGAGUCCCAUCGCAUCGCAUCCAUCACGUCGGUUCGUAUCGCAUCACAUCCAUCUCAUCCCCGUUUGCGCGCCCGACAUCGGCUCUCAUCCGGAUCCUGGCCAUCGUCGCCCGAUACCCGCACUGGUGCAUCCACACAUCACAGCUCUCGAGCCUCCUCAACUCAGCCGCCAACACGUCGCACGCCUCUUCGUUCCGCGUCCACCGCGGCUACACCGCGUACAUCGCGCGCAUCCGCACCGCCUCACGACAUUGCAGAGUCAUCGGAUCCGCAUCCUCGGCCUCGACAUCACCCAACUGCCUCUCAGAGCAGAGCUCAUGACUGCGUAGCUGGAUUGGCCCCCGCGUUCUCGCCACCCACUCGUUUCGCUCGUUCCUCGCAUGCUUCACUCCAAUUCUCCGCUCUGAUCUACCGCUUGUUCGGCAAAGGGCAUGCUAUGGCUGUCGAAAACGGCAUCGACCCGCCUACUCCGGGCCUUCCGAUCCCCCUGCCCGAGACCACCAACGAAAUCACCCAACCACAGCAUGCUGCUGCCGAUACGGCCGAUGCGACUCAGCCUCCCUCCGAGAGCGCGCCUCCUUCCAUCGGCGUAACCCUCGAGCCCACCGCCCUGCCCCUCCUUCCCCUUUCCACCGACGCUACAACUGCAUCCGCCAUCAACGAGCCGUCUCAACAUGUUUUUGCCACAACCGAUCUUCCCGACAUCCCGGAUGAGGUACUCACUCUCGAACCGGCGCCCAUCCCUGGUGCAGACUCGGCGGCGGCUGCCAUUCCACCUGCAGUAGAUUCGGAUGUCCACGUUCAGGUUCAAGAUGCCGACAUGGACCCAGAGCAAGGCAUGGACGAGUAUCGUGCGGCUGCUACCGCUCCUCUUCCGUCCAUGCUCAACAGCAAUGCCAUCCCGCUCGAGGAAGAUGCAUCCGGCGAUCUCUCCGCAUCCUCCAACGAGGCUCUCACUCUCACCUCUACCGUCUCGCGCGGCAACUACCACCAGUGUGGCUCCGCGCGUCGUGUCAAAGUCUACGAACUCAAAGGCGAAGUCUGGUUCGACAGAGGCACCGGCUACUGUGCUGGUGUCUACGACGAAACCGUCGACGAGGCGCUCCUCGUAGCUCGCAGGGAGGAAAAGUGCCAGUUCCUCGAGGGAAUCGAUGUGCCUCCCGACGCCGAAGUCGAAGAAAAUGACGUCGUGCUUCCCAAUGCCUCCGGCGACGACGCACAACCCAAGCCGCAGGCCCUGCAGCCUCAGCCCUGCCAAUUCGUCGUCGUCGUCAGCGAAAACCUAGAGUCCGAAGACAUCCUCCUCGCCAGCAAGGUGGUCAAGGAGGAGGUCUACCAGCGCCAGCAGGACACCCUUGUCGUUUGGACCGAGCCCACAGGCGUCGAUAUGGCACUCAGUUUCCAAGAGGCAGAGGGCUGCAACGAGGUCUGGGAGUUCCUCACCGAGGUUCAGAAGCACUUUAUGGGUCUCACCGAAGAGGCUCUCACAGACUCGCCGCCCACCACGCCCAACCCGCAGUCGCCAACGGCCGUCCUCGGCAUGUCGGCCUCCGGCUCAGGCCUCGAGCCGCUUCUCAACAUCAUGGGCGACUACAGAGGCCUGCCGGAUCCUAGCCUCGCCAACCUCGAAAAGAUCGAUUCGAUGAUCAAGGACACCACCGUACGCGGGCCCAUGAUGCGCGAAAAGCUCACCACUUGGCUCAUGGAGGCACACUACAUCCGAAAACUCGUCCCCUUCUUCCAUUCCGUCGAGGAGCUCGAGGCCCUCCCCGCUCUCCACAUGCUCUGCACCAUCAUGCAGACCAUCCUCCUCCUCAACGACAGCUUCCUCUUCGAGUACAUCCUCCAGGACGAUGUCUUCCUCGGCGUCGUCGGCAUGCUCGAGUACGAUCCCGAGUUCCCGCGUCUCAAGGCCAACUACCGCGACCACCUCACCCACCGCGCCCGCUUCAAGCAGGUCGUCGACAUCGGCGAUCCCAUGAUCGUCGCCAAGAUUCAUCAGACCUAUCGCCUCCAGUAUCUUCGCGACGUCAUCCUCGCUCGCGUCGUCGACGACCCCACCGUCUCCAUCCUCACCUCCUUCAUCUUCUUCCACCAAAACGACAUUGUCAACUACUGCUGCCAGAACGAGCUCUUCCUCAGCGAGCUCUUCCGCGUGCUCACAAAUCCGGAAGAGCCGCUAGAGCGUCGCUCCGAGGGCGUCCUCUUCUUGCAGCAGCUCUGCGCCAUGGGCAAGCACAUCCAACUUCCCGCCCGCAUCUCGCUCUAUCGAACCAUGACCGACUGGGGUCUCCUCAACGUCCUCCAGUUCGCCCUCGAGCAACUUGGCCAGACCGCCCGCAACGCCGCCGCCGAAAUCCUCAUGACAAUCAUCGAGUACGACGCCAACAGCGUACGCGCCCACGUCGUGUCACAGGUUGAGCAGAACUCAAGGCCCUUGGUCAGCAUGAUGAUCGACCUGCUCCACAACGAGCAGGAUCCAGGACUCAAGACGCAGAUUGCCGAGGCGAUGCGCAUCAUCUUCGACGUGGGAUCCGACGGAGGUCCUAUGGCCAGCCAGGCACCCAGCGUCACCGUUCAGGGCAUCAACAAGUCCAAAGCCGAUCCGGAUCGCUUCUUGACAUGGAUCUACGAAGCCGAGAUCGCACGCCUCUGCUCGCCCUUCAAUUCGCUUCCGGACUUCCGCAUGCUGUCCAAGGGCGAAAGGCUGCCCGCUCAGCCGCGCAAUCGCUCCGGCCUGUAUGCUCACCUGUGCGACUUGCUCUGCCACAUGAUCGCCCAUCAUUCAUUCCGAAGCCAGUACUUUGUGCUCACCUCCGAGAUCUCCAAAAAGGUCGGCUCGCUGCUCCACUCGCGCGACAAGUUCCUCCGGCUCUCGGCGUUGCGCUUCUUCAAGUACUGCCUGGCGAGCAACAACCAGUUCACCAACCGUCACUUCAUCAAGAUCGAGCUCCUCUCCACCAUCCUCGGCUUGAUCGAGGCCGAGGCGGAUCGCAACAACCUCGUCGCCUCCGCCUGCCUCGACUUUUUCGAGCACAUGAAGAGUCAGAACAUGAAGACUCUGAUCAGCCACUGCAUGGAACGACACGGCGCCCGCAUGCGUCAGCUGGCCGAGCUGCCUUACACCGCCCCUUGCUUCUCCUCGCUGGUCGACGAGUGGGAGAGGAAUCAGGAGCCUCUGGUACCGCAGGAGAGCGGUCAUGCAGCUCAAAGACCAGGCGCCGCUGACGACAAGUCGCGGCAGCCGAGCGAUGCUGCACGCGACGCCGUUGCUGCAACGGCUGCGGAUCCGGAUGAGGACGCCUACUUUCAAAGCGACGAGGAUCCCAAGGACAUUCCUCCGCGCACAUCGAGCAGUGCGUCUGGCUCACUUGUUCCUUACGAUGACGAUGACGAGGACGAAUUGGCAAAAUCCGAAGACGGCACAGCGGACGGCAGGAAGGCGACCGAUGCGUCGGCGGAGGCAGCGCUAUCGCCAACAUCGCUCAGCAGGAUCCCGGAAAAGCGCCGCAGAAGCGAGGACGACGACGACGAUGACGCAGACGAUCAAUUGUCUCGGCUGUCCAAGCGCAAGUCAGGGCGCAUGUCGAAGAACAAGACCAAAGCCGAGUCCUCAAGCGGCGGUGAUGAGGCGGAAGCUGGAGCCGAGGUGACCCAGCAGCCCGGCGGAUUCAUCCGCAGCAUGGCCAAUACGAUCAGCAACACUUUCGGUGGCGGUAACAGUGCCGGCUCCAGCAGCGCAAACAACAAGCGCGAGGGCUCUCACUCGCCCUCUCCGAAAGGAUCGAAAAGUGCCCGCUCGGAGGAUGCCAGCUCGUCUCCGCACAGAGAUGCCGAGAAAUCCGGCGCCGCGGGCGGCAAGGGCAGCACUGCGAGCAGUCUCAAGAACGGCGGCAUCAGCGGCGGACUCGGUAUCAAGCGCAUAUCGUUAGGGCUCACUGGCUCUGCCAAGAAGAUGGCCGCCCAGUCCAACGUGCGUUCGACCGACAAGCCGGAUGAGCAGGAAUCGUGA